AUUCUCGCCAUUUUCCAUAUUUGACAAUUUAUUUGUGAAAAAAUGCCAAACUGUGUAAGAUCGUUGCGCUUGCGCUGUGUAUUGUUAAACAAAUUAAUAAAUAUUUUAACAAAAAAGCCGCAAAUCGUUGUAAGUGGAACAACUAAUGAUAUAUAAAAGCAGAAUUACUGAAUAUCAUGAAAAUAGAGAUAUAGCAUGGCAUAAGAAAGGCUUGCAAACACUCACCAAGGCUGCAAAAUUAACUCCAAAUAAUUUCAGAUAUAGUUGUGAACUCCGAUUAUGAUUAAUUAUAUUGUUGGAAAUAUUUACACAAAAUUAAAUUAUAAUAAUAGAGAAACUUUAAAAACGAAGCAACGACGGCAUAUGUUUAAUAAGAUUUAAAGCAUUUGUAUAUAAUAGGUAAAUUUUAACAAAGGAAUUCUGUAACCGAUCCACUAUCUCUUCAUUUGGUAAUUUGACAUUUUUUCUCAAUGAAAACUGGACUGGUUGGUUCAAUGGUGUAUGCGGUGCAAGCUAACCACGGCCAAUACAAAUAAAAGUGUACGUGAAAUAUAUAUGUAUGUCAGCAUCGGCUGUUACAGCUAUGUAUAUCAGCGCUGUACUGCCGAUUUAUUAAUAUUAUAUACGUACAUACAUAUAAAAUACUAUAGUGUGGCUAAAGAUAAAGUGCAAAAACAACAAUUAGCAGCAGCCAAAGUUGUAAGCGGAUUGUCUCAGUUGGUGUGGAGCAAACUUGAUUUUUACUAGUCUGCGUUUGUUGUCUCAUUGAUAUACGAUAGUAGCAGACGCAAAAUAAACCGAAAACUAGCUAUAAACUUGCAUUUUAUAUUGCAAGGGUUGCGGCUGCGCUCAAUUUUCAUUUUCCUGUGAUUUUGCAGUAUAGAAACGAAACACCUAUUAUUGAAAGUAAUAAGCACAAUAAAAAAUUGAGAAACUGAUAAGUAAUAUUAAAAUUUUCAAGUGACAACGCAUUCUACGCAAACAGAGUGCAAAUACAAGUUUCGAACACAUUCAAUAUGCAUCAUCAUCAUCCACUGGCACCAACUCAAUCUACCACUGGUGGCGCUUCGGCAAGCAGUAAUGCAUCGGUACCCGCACUACCAAAUGUUGGUAGCAUCAAUGCCGGAAUUGGCACUGUCAGUGUAAACAACCCAAGCACUAGUGCCGCAACAUCUCAUGUACAGCAGCGACGCCGAAAAAAGCGUCCGAAUUAUGGCACGCGUACCGUAGAGGUGCGUCGCGGUUAUAAUGGAUUCGGCUUUACCAUAUCUGGCCAGCAACCUUGUCGUCUCUCAUGUAUUGUGUCUAAUUCACCGGCUGAUCAAGCAGGACUACGUGCUGGUGAUUUUCUAAUUUCAGUCAAUGGUUUAAACGUGUCAAAGUUACCCCACGAAACCGUCGUGCAAUUAAUUGGAAAUUCAUUUGGUAGUAUACGCAUGCAAAUAGCUGAGAACUAUUAUUCAGACAGCUCGGAUGAGGAGAAUGCGGCGCUUAUGUUGCAACAACAGACAACAGUAUCGGGAUUGAAUAAUGUGCUCACCAAUCAAUUAGGCUUUGGCGUGGGCGGAGCGCGUGCCAAACCGCGUUACUUGCAUCACAAAGCGAAGAUGCAUCGGUUACGAAAUUCACCGCAAAAGAAGCGUACAGUAACUUUGCAGCAGCAGCAGCAGUUAGUACGUGCAGAGCAACUAUCGAAGUGUGUGUCUGCGCUCAAACCAAUUGAAUUGCAAAAGUUACGCCCGCUCAUCGAAGAUCUACCGCUACCCUCCAACAGUUCAGUUUAUGUUAUGCCCAGCGCUAGUGCACCAAAUGACACAACUGUUGGUGCCGCAGCAGCAUCAAAUUCGGCCGCAGAAUUAGCCAAUGUGAAUGCAAUGGCGCGUGCACCGGCAGCUGCUUUAGAAUAUCGUGCCAUUGUCGGUUAUCUAGGUACUAUCGAAAUGCCGAAGCAGAUUUCGCACAGCUCCAAAUUACAGACGGUACGGUCAUGUAUACGCAAAUUGCGUCAAGAGAAACGUCAACCCAAUAUGGUAUUAAUGACAAUAUUACCCGAUUGUCUCCGUCUUCAAGCAGCGAAUGGCAAUACACUGGCGAGUUACGCCUCCGAACGCUUAAACUAUGUGAGCUCAUCAUCGGAGAGUGAGAAUCGUUUUUUUGGUUUGGUCACUAGCGCCGUACACACUUCGCAAAUGGACGAAGAUGAUGAUGAUGACGAUAACGGUCAGGGAGUAGUGGGUGUCGGUGCCGUUCCAGGCAAUGCGCACGUUAGCAUAUCAAAUAGUUGUCAUGUCUUUGUUGUGGACACAAAACUAUGCGAACAUCAGGCGCAUGUGCCGCGAGCUGCCGAAUUUCGUAUUCACUGCACACGCGAUCCCAUAUCCAGUUUGUGUCUGGAGUUUCCAAACAAUUCAGAAUACGUGGUAAAUCUCAUACGUAGCAUGUAUACAAUGCGUAUAAUGCCACCAGUGGUCAGGCACCAUGGCGCCGAAGAUAUUGUAAAUGGUUACGGAGGUGGUGGUGCUGGUGCUGGUGGACCUGCAGCUGCGGCGCAUUCUCCUCAACCUAGUAAUCACAGCGAAAUCUCAACAACUACAUCAAAUUCCGAUUCUGGUAUCGGAUUUCACAAUGAUUGCAAUAACAUAUCUGAUCGCAUACUGGUGGUGGACUUUCCUGGUGCGCCUGAGCUGCGCAUGCGUCCAAUGGGCGCGCGCCCUAUGGGUAUAUUCAAUAAUUUUGAUAAUGUCACUGAUAAGCGACCACCAACCGUACGAGCAGUGGCAGAAGUGAAUUCACCGCCACAAAGCGUCGAUAUGGCAUCCACAAGCAACUCACACAGCGCAAAUUCAAGACCAAAUCUACUUUCUAAUUUUAACCUCAUCAAAAGUCCUGCCACUUCGCUGCAGACAACACGUUCCUGUGACGAUGUAUUGGCUUUGGUCGAACGCAGCGCAGAUGACGGUGAAACCGCCGCUUUGGAUCAACAAUCUCUUAUCGCACCACACGCAUCCAUGGAUGAUAUAUCUUUGCACUCGACCGCUCCCUCAGCGUCUGCUAUUACUUGUUCUGCUGCCGAUGAUCAUCUCUUCUUGCAUCCAGCCGCUUGCAUGUUGGCUAUGCAACAUCAAAAGCAACGACCCACUGCUAAUCAAGUGUACGCGUUGCUGCAGGAUUGUCUUUCACGCGCACGUAAUGCACGUCAAUCGCUACCAUCAGCACAUACAGCCACCGAUGGGUUACCGAACGCACCGAAUUCGCAAAAGGGCAAUUCGACUGCUGCCUCUGCUGCACUAACUAAACGACACUCAAUUGGUUUUGAGGCAUCAGAUAUUACGCCGCCUGUGUCCGCGCUUACUGUGGGCACCUUUGAGACGAACACGUGGAAGAGCUUACAAGACUUGCGUGAAAAUGAAGAGUCGCUUGCGUCACGUACACCAGAUGGUAUCAAUAGUGAGCCGAAUCUACUGGUAACCGCGAAAUACACGACAUAAACUAUGUAUGAGACAAAUCAGCCUGAAGUUAUAAAUGACCCGUAUAACAUCGGUAAAUUGUGCAAAGAUUUAGAGAUCGUUUCGAAACACGAGCCUAAAGAAUCAAAACACCAAAACAAUUACAAAAAUUACGUACUAACACAUGUCACAAAAACAAAAAACACCAAAUUAAAUGAUAAAAAUAAUAUAAACUCUCAAGAAAUAAUAACAGCGCAUUCCGAGAAUAAUAAUAACAAACAACAACAUCAAAACAACGUGCAGCAACACCAAAAAUUCCACGAGAAAUUUCUCAAACACACACAAACACCAAAAUCCAACAACAUUGCCAAUAUGGUUGAACGCUUUGUUGAAACACUCAGUCAAAUUAAUGACUCGGCUGCCUUCGAUGCCAGUUUCGAGAUCAAACAUCUACCGGAGACACCACAGCGUCUGCUGCGGCAUCGCUGUGUCACCGAAGUGGAUCGUGAGAGCCUUGCACGCUUCGUACGCAACUUUGAGGCGCGACAACAGCAUCAACAGCCGCAGGAGCACCAACAAGAUCAACAACAACUUAAGCAAGCACAGAAUACUUGUCGCCGCAACAGUAGUAGUACGCGCACAACACCAAAAAGCUCCCCAUAUCUGUGUCGCAAAGCAAAGGCGCUCUACCAGAAUGUCUUCAACGGCGGCAAUACGAGUCAGCAAAGCAGUCGUAGUAAUUCACCGUGGUUGCGCGGCGCCAGCACGCCAGACACACAAUCAACACAUUCCGAUUUGGGUUCGGCUGAUAGUCAAACGCACUUGGAUGAACUGAGUGCAGAGUUAAUGCCAGCACCGAAGGAGCACAAGUCUAAAUGCUGCAGCCAUUUUCAGCGCUCACAAUCCGAACGCUCCAGCUAUCGCUCCGCGGUCAAAGUAUUGCAGUUUUUCUCCGGGAAAAAGAAGUGCAAAUCAAAUAAAACAAAAGUGGUUGCUGCAACAGCAGCUGCGUCUACAUCACAACUACCGUUACGAGCAACGGCGCUCGGUUGUCAACCGCUACCGCAAUCCGAUGUGGAAGACAAUGUCGAAGACGACGACUUCUUUGAGGCCAUGCAUGUUGAAGACUAUGAUAAUGAUGAUGUUCUUGCUGAUUUAGAGGCGGCACAGAAAGAGCAGGAUGAGCAUGAUGACGGCAUUUCUUCGGCCAGCUCGAAUAUCACACAAUCUAGCGGUCGCAGUCAUAAUCACACGCCAGACUCCUCAUUUGAAUUGCACUCGCCGUUAGUGCCCACUUUCAAGGUCACACCGCCGCAGCAUACCAAAGGUAGUCGGAAUCCCGCUUAUGAGCUUGCGCGCUUCCUGCGCGGCUCCUUCCAUGCCAAACGCGCGUCAGUUACUAAGUUGCGUCGCUCCAUCAGCGAUCCAGAUACAUUUGAACAAAUUGAUUUUACCCAACCGCCAGAGUGUCAACGCCGCAGAAACAGCAGCAAGAGCCAAAAACAAAUCAUAAAAGGUGUCAAAUCAGCGGAAAUAGCAAGCUUAGCUACCGAGUCAACACAGACCAUACGCAAUCCAAAUCUCCCCGCUAAUGCCUCACCAUUCCGUCGGGCCUGGGGUCAAUCGUCCUUUCGCACGCCACGUACCGACAAACGCGCCCUCCAACAGUUGCAAUUGCAACAACAAUCCGGCCAGCAUCAGCAUCUCAGUCCACUAGUACGACGUUCCUCAUCGAUGACCGCAUCCGACAAUGAUGUCUAUAUCAAGUCCAUUCAUCACACCGACUACCAUGAUGAGCUCAAGCAGGCACGAAGCCAGCAUCAGAUAGCUACGUCGGCGGCAGCUAUAGUUGCCGCAAGAAAUGCGAAUGUAGCCACGCUUGCAACAACAAAUGCCACCAGCAAGGUUGGCAUUUGCACAAAUCAGCUAAAAAAACCACAGCUGAAGGCCUUAUUGACACCAGCCACAGAUAACGGUGUUGGUGGUGUGGCUGCUUGGGGUACAGCCUUUGAACGGUUGCUAGAAGAUCCUGCUGGCAUGCACACCUUCGCCGAGUUUUUGAAAAAGGAAUUCUCCGCCGAGAAUAUAUACUUUUGGACCGCUUGCGAGCGUUAUCGUGCUCUGGAAAGCAACGAUGAGCGCACUACACAAGCGAUGGCCAUCUUCUCAAAACAUCUGGACAAUGGCGCCUUAGAGCCGGUAAAUGUGGACUCACAGGCACGCAACCUAACACAAGAGAAGUUGAUGAGCGCUGAACCGGAUAUUUUUGCACCUGCACAGAAGCAAAUCUUUAAUCUAAUGAAAUUCGACAGCUAUCAGCGUUUCAUACGUUCCGAUAUGUUUAAGAGUUGCCUAGAGGCGGAGGAGAAGCGCCAACCAUUGCCAUAUAAAGCGGAAGAUUUGGAUGAAUUGUUUAGAACGCCGGCGCAUCAGCCAAUCAUAGUGAGCAGCAUCGUAUCGAAGCUCAAGAAAUCGGCCAGCAACGCAGAGGAUCGUUGCCGCAAGGGCUUGCUACCAUGGCACCGUAAAACGAGCAGCAGCAAAGCCCCACGUGAUACUGCCGACGCGCCAGCUGAGUUCAAAGCCACAACCAAUAAGCUAGCGCCACUAACCAAUCAUUCAAUGAAAGUGGCGCCCGCACAGAACUCGCAAAGCGACAUACACAGUUCGCGCUCUUCGCUCUCCUCCUUCGAUGGCUUGCCAGGUGCAUCGAUCUUGCCCGGCACCUGCCGCGUCAUCUUGAGUGAUGCCUCCACGACAAUGGUGCAGGCGCGCGCCAACGAAACGGUUGGCCAACUGGUCGAGCGUUUGCUGGAGAAACGUGGCCUGAGCUAUCAAUAUUACGAUGUAGUGGCGAAAGGUACUACCAAAUCGAUUGAUUUGCAAACUUCAUCACAAACGCUCGUUGGUAAAGAUGUGCUUAUUGAGCAGCGCGUUGCCUUCAAAAUGGAUUUGCCCGAUCGCAAGGUAAUCUCUGUGAAGAGCAAGCCCAAAAAACAAUUAAACGAGGUAGUGUGUCCCAUACUGCAUAAAUACAACUAUGACAUAGAAGCAGUACAAGUAGUGAUGCGCGAAACUCAGGAGCCGGUUGAUCUGUCGCUAACUGUAACACAUGCGGAUGGUCAGCGUUUGCAAGCUGUGUGGUUGAAGCCGCCACCACUACUGCAUGGCAGUGACUAUCAAAAUGGCAAUGGUUGCGCGGCAAAAGUAGCAAAAGCUUCAACAUCGACGAAAAGUGUGUCCUUUCCGAGCGCGUUGAAGCAAACAAACGGCGCCACCUUACGCUCUACCAGUGGCAGUGGCAGUGGCAUUCCAGUGUCGCAUUCGACACAAAGUGCCUUGGAUGAGAUCACCAACAAAGUUUUUACCGAAUUAAUGCAGGUCAAGGUGGAAGCAGCAAGUGCGGAAAAAACACAGACACUGAUGACGCACAAUGACAAAGUCAACGAGCACGCCUCGCUUAAGUCUGACGACUGCGCUUCGGAGACUUCAUCAAUUUUCGAACGCACACGUCGUCGUGACAACAAUAUUCAAAGUCUCAAACUAAAGCUGAAGAAGCGUUCAACGAGUAGCCAACAUUCGGAGGAUACAAACCAAAGCAGCCACACAACAGCUAGCAAUGGUCAAUUGGUUGCGCCAACGGCAGUGAGCGCUGCAUUGUUGGACAUAAAGAAACCAAUCAUAGCUAAGUUAAAAGCGGGUGUGAAACUACAAGUUCCCGAGCGAGUAGCUGAAAAUCAAGAUGAACUACUCGAAGGUCUAAAACGCGCUCAACUCGCACGCUUAGAAGAUCAACGUGGAACUGAAAUUAAUUUCGAGCUGCCGGAUUUCUUAAAGAAUAAGGAAAAUCUGAACGCUUCAAAGUUACGCAAGGCGAGGGCAAAUCUCAGUCCCAUAAACAAGCCACCCGCACAUCUUUCCGUUAUAACUACAGAGGAACAACCCUCACAAACAGGGCCACAACCAACACAACAAGAACGUCCUCAACCCGCACCACGUCUAUCCAUAACAAAUAAACUGAAAGCCAAUGCAACAGUGUCGUCUGUGAAGCAGGAACAGGACGCGUCUGCACAACUCAACACAGUUGAGGCUCGCCAAACACAGCCUACAAUAUCAUUAGCAGCGAAUAUAACUACCACAUCAUUAGAAUCUGAAUACGCUGCUACAUUAGUGGAAACUAAUAGUUCCAAAGGUCCACCACCAUUGCCGCCUAAACCGAAAGUUUUGCCCAUUAAGCCAUCGAAUUGGGGUGCUGCGGCAAGUAUGUCCAACUCAUCCACAGCAUCAACGCCUACAACACCUUCAUCGAGUAUUCCAACAUUACCCGCACCAUUAUCUAAGAACUAUACAACAAUGUGCUUGACUAAUAGCGUUACAAACGUUGCGGAAGAUGCUCCAUUGCUGUUACAUGUCUCGAACAAACAUUUCGCGGCAAAUGAAAUAGCCCCACGUAAGUCCCAUUUAAGCAUCGCCGCUGAGCAGUCUACGUCGGCGCGAUAUGCUUACCUAGAAGAGCCGAGUAGCAGCUUCGUUUGAGCAAGAGCGAAAGAUGUUGGGGAGAAAAAGAUAGAAAGAGAUGUAUUAUAUUAUGGCUUCCACACCCAAUUCCAUUCUCCCCUUUGGC